CGGGGCUGUCAGUCACCAGGCGGGCGACAUGACUGAUACAAAGUUGCUGCGACAUAGCCUGGACUCCGCAGCUUCCUUAAAGCCGCAGAGGCGGCGUGUUCUCCUAGUUCCCGGAGGUGGCCCCGACUCGGGGCACCCCUGCACACACUACCCUUUAGCCCACUCUGCUCCUUCGCUCCAAACUUGCUCUCACCUACCCAACUGUCCCCCCACCUUCACCCGCGGUGGACCACAGGCAAUCUGGAGAGAAGGGGAAAGAGAGAUGACGCGAGAGCAGCCUAGAUGGUGUGCCCUCGCUUUCUUCACCUGCAGCGCCAGUUUGUUAAGCCUCAGGAUCCCGGAUCCCAAGCCCAAGGAGACUGGAACUCUCAGUCACUCCCGCAGGACAUUCCCCAGAGGCAAAGGGGACUGCAGCGAAGCCGGCAAGCUGGUUGGGAUUCCGGACUCCGGUGCCCAGCAGUCCCUGGCGUGCAGUUGGCCCUGGAGCCCCUACACACACGAACCCCCCCGUCGAGUGUCCCAACUUUCCCGGGAGGGUAGCUGUCAUGCGCGCCGGGCGAGCACUCUCAGCAUCGAUCACACCCGGGGCCGCGCGCGGGUGGCGAGCUGGAGCUAGGGGAGUCCCGGACCCGGCGGCCCGGGCUCGCCAAGCAGAGCGGCUGCAGUUGAGCCAGUGUGGCAGAACUAUUCAUUAUUAAAGAAAUGGACCCGGAUCUUUUUACUAAGUUUUUACCUCCUUUAGGGAGGGCUGGUUUUGCCCUGAGUCGAAGCUCCUUGCAAAAUCUAGGUUAGAGCGGCGCGGAGAAGCCGCCGAGCGCUCGCCAGCCUCCCCGCACCCUUGUCCCGCGCCGGCCUGGAAGGCACCAGACCUAUCGCCCGCAGCCCACCUCCUUAAGCGGACCCGCUUCAUCGGCCCUCUGCGCUGGCCCUGCUACCCCGGGCCUCCUUUGCGCUCCCCAGGCCCCUCCCGCCACUGUCGGUGCAAAGUGACAGUCGCUGCACUCACCUUUUCUAGGACAUGUUAGGGAGGCUGGGGCGGGGGAGGGGGGCAGCGAGACUCCCGCCGCCUCCGCCGCUGCCGCCGCUACCAGCAAGUCCAAUACUGGCUGAUCGGCAAUGAGGAUGGAGAGGAUAGCAAUCCCGGCAGUCGCCCUACUGACGACACCUCUGCUUCUAGGAGUCCCAACAUACAACAUGGCCACUGACCUCCUCAGCUGAUAUCUUCAAAUCCAGGGGAAGUGACUUGUUAGACCUGUGAGAGUAAAAACCCAGCUGUCCUGGAGGCCACAGCGAUGAAAGGAAGCAACAACAGCUUUAAAAGAUAUAUAUCUCCGCAUUUGGACUAGUGCUAGAUCCUAAAAGUAGUAAUUAGGUAGUUAUUAAGUGGUGUACUAGUUACCCUUCUCAUUGUGGUAUGAAGGACCUGACAAAACCAUUUUAUGGAAAGAAUGUUUUUCUUGGCUUACAGUUUCAGGUUACAGUCUCUCAUGGGGACAACACGGCAACAGGAGCCCGGGCUCCUGAUUCCAUUGCUUCUGCAGCCAGGAAGCCAAGAACUGUAGCCCACAGUAUGGUGCCCCCAUAUUUAGAGCGAUGUUUUCCACCUCAGUUAACGCAAUUGUUUUAGCGAGGAGGCUGUCUUAAAUUGUCCUUAGUGUACAUAGUCUUUAUUUAUCAAGCUCAGGCACUCUAUUUGCCAUUUCUCACUAUAUCAACCCCCCUCCCCCAAAUCAAAGAUAUAGUUCAGUCUUUCAAUUUCCCAGGUCAAACUUUCAAGACUCCUGCUCAAUGUCCACGACCCACUUGAGACCUCCUUAAAAUGUAUGCUGUCUUUUUGUGCUUUACUCUCUGUGUGAUGGGUAAGGGGAUAUUCUUUUAGAAAGAACAAAGAAUUGUGUAUCCAAAAUUAAACAUAGAAAUUAAUUUUUAUUUGUAUGGGGGGGGGGAAAGGAAUGAAAGCUGACAGAUACCACAAAUGUUAGAAAUUCCAUAAAAUUACCAGAGUAGUUUUCUUACUUCACUAUCCAAUAUUUUGCAGCAUCCUUUUUCAGCUACAUAGGUAUUGAUGAUCUUUUGGUAAGCCAAACAGUAUGUAAUAUUUUCUGUAGAGAGAUUAGAAAGACAACCAAUUCAUCGUUGGUAAUGUAAUGUAAAUUAUUCUCAAUUUUUUCUUAAAUAAACUGCUUUAGACCUACUGUAAUAUUGGACUAAUAGCUUGUAUUGUAUAAAUCUAGGCACUCUGGUGAAUUUUACUUUCUAUAAUUCCAAGACAAAAAAGAAACAAUAGAAUAUGAUAUAUGUAUUUUUGAAAUUUAAUAUUAUAGUUAUAAUGUGAUUGGUGCAUUGUUAAAUAUAUUCCUGACAGAAUCAAUGAAAA